AGGAAGUGGUAGUUUUGGACUGCUGUUAAAAAUGCUUCCUCGGCUUCGGGCAGCAUAAGAGAAUUUCCUGUAUUCAGAAUUUCCAGAUCCGCUUUGAACAAAGCACCAUGGAGACUUCACCAACCAUCUUCCUUCUCGCCCUAUUUAUUAUCAAAGGAUUAUCUCUGGAAUGUGAAGAAUGCCUUGGAAUAGGAGGUUGUUCUGGGGAUAUUGUGCCAUGUGAUUUUGGGAAAGACAGAUGCAGCAUUACUGAUAUGGCCCUCCCAAUAGGAUUACACCUGACUAUAAAAACCUGUGUCACAUCUGACAUCUGUGACAAAGGCGUUCAAGUAAUUAAUCUGGGUCAGCAAGGAAAAGCUGUUGCCCACCUGAAAUGCUGCGACGGACAUGAAUGUGGAGCCGUGGCCCCUCCAGAAUUGCCCAAGAAGGCCCCAGCCAAUGGGAAACAGUGCCCAGCAUGCUUUGCAUUGGGAAAAGCAUGUCUCGAAGAAGUUACUGAUUGCACUGGAGAUGAGCUGUACUGUGCCGAAGGAAAUCUGAAUCCAAAUAUGGGUAUGUUUCCUGUGGAGGUCAGUUUGAAAGGAUGCGCAAACAAAGCUCUCUGCGAUAGCCUGGUUGGAUAUGAAGCCAUGGCUCCUGAGGACAGUGGACAUCACGCUAUCCAAUGCACACCAAACUCCUCAAUCCACCAACAGGAGUUCACAACCGUCAGCCAAUGGAAUGACUUGAGUCUAAUUCAUGAGUUUUCUGGAGGUGUUAAUACCGUUCCCAGAUGGUUUGGACUCUUCCUCACAAUCCUUUCUGGCGUCCUUCUUAGGAAACUCCUGGCUUGAUUUUUGCCAAGUGUAAAGAUUUCAUCAUUGGAAAAAUGCUGAGCUGGUCUAUAGUAUUCCCAAAUCUGGAGUCUGGUAGCACUUUUUCAGCUAAGAAAGUUUAUUAAAAACAAUAGGAUUUUUUUUUUGAGAGCUGUAGCUUACAUCCGAUGUAUGCUUCAUUUAGAUGCUUUAAAUCAUCAGGUCACCUAAAUCCAGCUUGUUUCCAGCUUCUGUAUCUUCUACAAUCAUAGAUAUUUCAAAAGAAAAUCGGGAAAGGUUUGUUACUCAGAGGCUCACGGCACUUGAGUUAAUGUUUUUGAUGUCCAGGGGUAUCCUCUAACAAUAGAAGGGAAGGCUAAUGUGCUGUAAUGUUAUCACUAACUGUGAUGGUGAGAAUUAAUGUUCAGUUGUGAUUCUCAUUCACUAUCAGAUGGAUAUGCAGCCUUCAAUUCCCUUCAGCAUUAGCCAAGGCAGCCUUUCUUCUUUGUGAUUAGUUCUAGAAACAAACUCAAAGGUUGUGAUUGGAAUGGAAUGGAAUGGAAUGGAAUGGAAUGGAAUGGAAUAGAAUAGAAUAGAAUAGAAUAGAAUAGAAUAGAAUAGAAUAGAAUAGAAUAGAGUAGAGUAGAGUAGAGUAGAGUAGAGUAGAGUAGAGUAGAGUAAAGUAGAGUAGAGUAGAGUAGAGUUGAGUUCUUUAUUGGUCAAGUGGACACACAAGGAAUUUGUCUUCGGUGCAUAAGCUCUCAUUGUACAUAAAGCUAUGAUCAAUCAUGAUCAUAGUCAUCUUAAAAAUACAUUCAUCAUUAAAUCAUACGGUUGUGAUUAGUAGCAUUUAUUAGGAAGAAAGAUGUUAGUUAUUACACUAGAACUCCAUCCACAUGCCUUUCAUGUAAAGCCUCUUUAUACAAUUCAUUCCAGUGCCAAAAUCUUUUCCAAUUUUUUUUUAGGGUCUUCCAACAGAAAGGAAGAGAAACAGGGACGAAAGUUUCCUGUACCUGCUUGUAAUUUUGAAAACCAUCAACCCCUUUCUCGAUCUGUUUGAGAAACAAUCUCCAGCCUGUCAUGUGUGGGGAAUAGAUGAGAACUGAUUCACUAGAUAAAAGCUAAGUCUUAGGUGGAGCUGGUAAGAUCAGGACCAACAGAGUGAUCCCUUUCUGUAGAUUCCAAUUUUCAAUUAUUCCGACUCAUAUUCCCAUCCAUCUGCUUGUAAUUUUGAAAACAACAACAACACACAAAGUUUGCAUUUUCAUAUCCGUGUUUCCCCGAAAAUAAGAACCUGUCUUAUAUUUUUUUGAACCCCGAAAUAAGCGCAUGGUCUGAUUUUCGGGGAGGUCUUAUUAUUUUGGGGUGCAUGGAGCAAGAUGGGGCUCCUCUUGCCGUCUUACCUGAUUUCCAGCUCUGUCUCCCUAGCCCUAACCAGAGGAAAUGGCAGGGACUGGUUGCACAUGCAUUUAAAUAUUUUCGGGGAGGGCUUAUUUUCAGGGAGGGCUUAUUUUAGCGCAUGCGUUCAAAAGCCUGAUUGGGCUUAUUAUCAGGGGAUGUCUUAUUUUUGGGGAAACACGGUACCUGUUUCUCGGUCGUUGAUUCCAUCCAGUCAAUUCCUGAGAGAAAAAGCUUGGUUACGCCAACAAACAAAUUACAAGUAACAGAUAGAUUAUUGUAGAGAGCCAGGGAAAUGUCUUUGCCAGGUGGUAAGCCGGAUCUGUUACCAGAGUGACAAGGGGGAAAACAUGGCUUAUAUCCAAAACAAGCAGAAAGGAUUCAUAAAAGACUCAGACAGAAACCUCCCUAAUUUGGAUGGGUGUAAAAGGGGGAGGAGACAUAACAGAAUUGGAUUUGCCAGAUUCUACUACUCUGGCUUCUCUCUCUCUCUCUCUCUCUCUCUCUCUCUCUCUCUCUCUCUCUCUCUCUCUCUCUCUCUCUCUCUAAGUUUUUAUUAGAGUUUAUCGUAGUAUUAAAUACAAAGGGUUGAGUUAAGUUCAGAAAGAAAAAAAAAAAGGAAAAAAAGGGGAAUGACUUCCGGCUCUUUUGUUGUGCAGUACAAUACAAAAUGCAGUUGUCACCUCAACUUUUCGGCUUUGUAUUUCUAGUAAAUCGCUUCAAUAACAACAAUGUUAAUCUAGUCUUCGAAACCCAAGACCAAAGUUUUUUCUUUUUUGUUUUCCUGUUUUGAGCAUAAAGUCAGUGGUGGGAUUCAAGUAAUUUAACACCCGGUUCUCUGCCCUAAUGAUUUCUUCCAACAACCAGUUCACCAAACUGCUUAGAAAGUUAACAACCGGUUCUCCCGAAGUGGUGCGAACUGGCUGAAUCCCACCACUGCAUAAAGUCCAGAAGUGGUUCCCAGGUGGAAACAAACCGGAUACGUUUUUCCUCUUUAAUUAAAACAGCUUUGACACCCUCAUCGUUUUUUUUCUACCCAUUUUCCCUUGUGCAGAUUGACUUAUAUAUUGUAGCCAUUCUCAAUAAAAACAGUCCGUCUUGUCA